UUGAGAGAAUAUUUUAGGAUGAAUACUAAAGAUUUGAUUGCCGAAAUUUUUGAUUCGUCCAGCAGUUCCGACGAAAGCUCGUGUUCCAGUGAGUCUACAUCUUCAUCUGAAGAUUAUUCUUCGGAUAUUGGUGCCUAUUUCACUGAACGACUUGUAAGAAGCAAGCGAAAAAAGGUUGAAGAUUUUGUUGGUGAUGUGAUUUAUAAGUACUCGGAUCACGAGUUCAAAUCUCACUUCCGGCUCACGAGAACGGCUGCAUACGCGCUGAUCGAAGAAUUUGAAUCGUCGUGUUUCUUCAAAGUUAAGAAGCGCGGUGGAAGACAUGUAGUCCCUGCUGAGAAACAAAUGCUGAGCUUUUUGUGGUUUGCAGCAAACAAGGACUCGUACCGAGAAGUUGCUAAUUUGUUCAACAUUACUCAAUCAACCGUAUAUCGAACUUUUGGAUAUAUUUUGGACUUUUUUUCUCAAAUUGCUCAACGAUAUAUAAAAUUUCCAAAUACUGAAGAGGAAAAAAAUCAAACGUCAAAUGAUUUCCAGCAGAUUGCUCAAUUCCCAAAUGUACUUGGGUGCGUGGAUGGCUGUUAUAUAUCAAUUAGGAAACCGGCGCGCAAAAUGGCUCAUACAUAUGUAAACAGGCACGAUCAGCUAUCGAUAACGUUGCAAGCAGUAUGUAACGCCAAGAGAGAGUUUAUAGAUGUCGAUGUUGGUUAUUCCAGUCGCAUGCAUGAUGCACGCAUUUUUGAGAAUUCUUUUAUAAGUGAGAAACUUCCACGAAUUUGCGGUCAGCAAUUUCACAUUCUUGGAGACGCAGCAUACCCUUUGCGCGAGUUUCUUUUGGUUCCGUUCAAGGAUUACGGAAAUCUUAGCAAUAUGCAAAGAAACUAUAACUUGAAGUUUAGUCAGACGCGAGUAACAAUCGAGAAUGUGUUCGGUUUACUAAAGACAAGGUUUAGACAAUUGAUGCGACUUGAUUUUCAUUCUGUGGAGAGAAUGGCUCUGUUUGUACUCGCUUGUUGCGUUCUGCACAAUUUAUGCGCAGGUGACCACAUGGCUACGUCCGAAAGCAGUAAUCAGUCAACAGAAAACAUCCCUGAGGAAGGUGAAAUAGGAGAACGAAUUAUCCCAGAAUGAUCUCGUCGAAUGGACAAUCGUGCUGCGGCGCUACGAAGAUUGGGAGAAAUUAAACGAAAUGAAAUUGCCAACUCACUAUAGAAAAAAUAUAGCUGCUAGUAAACUAGUAAU